AUGCAAGAGAGUGGGGAGCUCCACCCGGCACAGGUGCUCAAGAGCGGCCAUGACGUCGGCGCAAGCCACUACGCCGGUGGUGUACCGCCCCACAAGCGCAUGCGCAAGCCCAUCGUGCGCAAGAGCGUGGACCCCAACGCCACGUUUGUGAACUACGUGACGCAGCGCCGCUUUGUACUGGCGCGCAGCGUGCGCUCGCACGCGUUCCCACCGCACUCGUUCUACAAGAAGCAGAUGAUGCCGCCCUUGGCGUUUCCUGGAGACGACGACUUGGCAUCCUGUGUGUGCACCAAGUUCUGUCGCUGCUCGACGAACAAGCAGCGCUGCCCGGUCAAUUGCCUCACGUGGACGCCCGAAGGCCGCCGUCUCAUUACCGGCAACUCGGUAGGCGAGUUUACACUCUGGAACGGCUUGGCGUUCAAUUUCGAGACCAUCUUGCAAGCGCACGACGAUGCCGUGCGUGCAAUGGUGUGGUCACACAACGACAAUUGGCUCGUUACGGCGGAUCACGGCGGGGUGAUCAAGUACUGGCAGUCGAGUAUGACGAACGUCCAGUUGCUGCAAGGUCAUCGAGAGGCAGUGCGGUCGCUUAGCUUCUCACCGACGGAUUUUAAGUUCGUCUCGUGCUCGGAUGACGCGACAGUCAAGAUCUGGGACUUUGAGAGCGGUCGCGAAGAACGCGUGUUGACAGGACACGGAUGGGAUGUCAAGUGCGUUGCUUACCACCCACAAAAGUGUUUGCUGGCGAGUGGAAGUAAGGACAAUCUGGUGAAGAUCUGGGAUCCAAAGUCAGGCAACAGUCUUAACACGUUGCACGGACACAAGAAUACAGUGUUCAAGGUCGCAUGGAACUCGAACGGGAAUUGGCUUCUUACGGCCAGUCGUGACCAGCUCAUCAAGAUUUACGAUAUUCGGACGCUCAAGGAGUUUGCGACGCUGAAAGGCCAUGCACGCGAAGUCACGUCCAUUGCAUGGCAUCCGUGGUACGAACGCCUUUUUGUCAGUGGCUCGUACGACGGAUCGCUCAUGUACUGGGAAGUCGGAAAAGAAAAUGCGCUGGCCUCCAUUCCGCAGGCCCACGACACGGCCGUUUGGGAUAUCCAGUGGCAUCCUGUUGGCCACGUCGUUGCAACUGGAAGCAACGACCACAGCACAAAGUUCUGGUGCCGCAAUCGACCGGGUGAUCCAAUGGACGACAAGUACAAUGGCGGUCAAAACGUGUUGAACGAGCAUGAUACUGGCGAAGGAAUGAUGCACAUGCGCGGAGGCGCAGACGGUGCGGAAGUGCUGCCGGGUAUGGCGGAUGGCGCUAGCAUCCUUCGCUCCAGUGCGAUCAAUGCCGCCAAUUUCCAGACAUUCAACAAAAGCGCGACUGACAGCCGGACGAAUGGUGGUCGUCGCCCUCCGCCCGAGUCGUACACGUGCAACCGGUGCGGGACGAAAGGCCAUUGGAUCGAGGACUGCCCUACGAAGGACCAGCAAAGCCUGAACGGCCAGAUGCAGCGCAAGCUUCCGCCGGAAGGGUACUUGUGCAAGCGUUGCAGCGUUCCAGGCCACUACAUCUCCGACUGCACGGAGCCAAAGGUGCCGCCGCCGUCGUAUACCUGCCACAAAUGCCGUCAGAAAGGCCACUGGAAGCAGGACUGUCCAAUGGACGGAAGUGGCGCGAUCAGCGCACUGCUCAGCCAAAUCCGUCCGCAAGGGGUACCAAACAGUGGCAGCGUUGCAAUGAGUUCGAGCGGAGCAGGUCUUGCUCCGCCCCCGCCGCCACCUGCUCGAGGCUUUCCUCCUCGAGGUAUGAUGGUCCCUCCCCCGCCGACUGCAGGAUUGAUGGUGCCUCCACCCCCACCGCCGCAUAUUCUUGCUGGGAUGAAGCGCGCUCGAGAAGAUGACGGGAACAUGAACCCUGGUCCGUCCGCUCUGGCCACCACCGCGUGGCCAAUAGCUCCAGGAAGCGGGAGCGCGGGCCAUGUAGGCCUCGCUUCAGGACCUCCUGCCGCCUCGGCAGCGUCGCCGGGACUGCUGCCGGGGCAGUCGGACCACAAGAAGCAGAGUCGAGACCCGAGACGGCGGUAA